AUGAUUACCAUGGGUCAGGUGGGAAAUGAUUCUUCCACAAUGUCUUACAAGGAGCAAAAGGAAGCCUUUGUCACCGGACAUGAAGGAACGACGCCUUGGGAAGUAUUGUUGGUAUGCCUCUCUGCACCGAUUGGCGUGGCUUGUUAUCAGCAAAUCAUGAUGAUGUAUCUUGGUUCAAGAGGGACGGAUAAAGGCAAUGGCUUAUCGAGAAUACAGGCAAUUCUUUUGGAAGCAAUCCUCGUGUGGUUUCCAAUGGUCCUCUGUCAAACCAAGUUCUUGUAUCCGUAUGGUGUUGCAUUUUUGACGAUACAAUCCAGCAUUGUUUUAGCUCUGCGGUUUUCCAAGAAGCUACAUCCACCAAACUCCAAGAACGGCACUACCGCAGCCAAUGAGGAAUCCAAAAAGCUCGACUUUUUGACAGCCUAUCGAUCCAGCAUUUUGUACUUGACCUUUGUUGCUAUUUUGGCCGUCGACUUUCACGUCUUUCCCCGGAGGUUUGCCAAGACGGAAGUAUACGGUUACGGGUUAAUGGAUGUGGGAGCAGCCUCCUUUUGUCUGUCGGCAGGUCUAGUGUCACGACAGGCCAAACGACCAUCCAGAAGCCAAGAAGUAUCAAGACUGAAUUUCAAACAAGUCUUGCACACGCUGCCGCUAGUAAUUAUUGGAUUCCUCCGGACCUGGACCAACAAGGAACUGGACUAUCAAGAACACGUAUCAGAAUAUGGUGUGCAUUGGAACUUUUUCUUUACCAUGGGAGUCAUGGCCAUUGUACCUUCUCUGGUGCCUGCCAAGGCAAAGGGAACAUGGUUUCUACCAGCAGCUAUCCUUGUCGUAUAUCAACUUGCCUUGUCGUUUGGCAAACUACAGGAGUACAUUGAAAGUGCACCACGGAAAUGUGAUACCAGUGAUACUAAUAGUUCAGAGGACUUCUGGCUGCCUUGUGUUGGCUUCUUGGCUGCCAAUCGAGAGGGGAUCUUUGGAUGUCUGGGUUAUCUAUCGCUCUAUUUUAUUGGAGAAUAUGUUGGUCGUGACUUCUUAUGGAUACGGAAAUCUCUUUGGCAACCAACCAUUGGCCUAUCCUUGCUUUUCUUGUUUUCCUCCCAGAUGGUGGCUACGGUAUCACGAAGAUCUACCAACAUGACCUUUUGUUUGUGGACCGCUGCGCACAAUGUGCUAUUGCUAACGUUAUUCGAAGUGAUUCUUGUGCAGAAUAGGGGACUUCCAAUCAUCAUUGAAGCUACCAAUCGAGUUGGCUUGCCCAUCUUUCUUAUUGCCAAUUUGCUUACUGGAUUGGUCAACUUGACACUUCCAACUCUAACGGUGGCCGACGGACCCGCCUUGUUGAUUGUGUUUGGGUAUAUUUGUUUGGUGAGUGUUGCUGCCCUGUUGGUGGAUUGGGCAAUUCAAAGUAUGUUUGGGAAGGAUUCCUCUGAAGCAGAAGAAAUGAAGAAGGACUGA